AGGGGUGAAAUGGAUCCAUCAACCCGCAAACAGCCUCGCCGCGCUGUCAGGGACAAGUCUCGAUCACGCCCGAAGACAGAACUACCCCCGACCCCCAGACACGCAUUAAUCUCGGGGGAUCAAAACACCACCGCAGCAGUUGCAGCAGCCGGCGCGAAACGCAAAAGCAGGGGGGAAGCAGAACAACAAAAGGGACAUUCCAAGAAGAGAUGGCAUUCCCACAAGACCACGGAACCACCGCAGGAACCCAUCACGCCGGCAUCGACGACCCCCGCGGAAGCAGCGCCAGAGCAAGCCAAGGGAAAGAAGCCAGCCCGCAAGAAGAGGAAGCGGGCCCCGCGGAAGUUCAUGGACGACUUCCUCGCGUCCGACGCCGAAGAGCCCGAAGAAGAAGAAGAAGGAUAUACCGAUGUGGAGCGAAGCGACCAGCAACUGCGCCGGAAAGACCGCUGGGUCCCCGAUAUGGAGCAUCGAAGCCGUCCGACGACGAGGCCCAAGGGCAUCCCCCACGCGCUCUGGAUGUCGUACUGUCUCCUCGACGACUACAUCUACCGACACUCCCUGACGCCUGAGGAGAUCAGGACACACCCGCUCAUGGACGACGUGUACAUGUUUCAGAGCGGUGGCCCGCAGCCCGUGACGCCGGCCGGGUUCCGGUGGAACGAUUACCAGAAACUGGAGCCUAUCAGGGAUUAA